AAAGAAGACCCAUUUGAGGCAUUCCUUCCACUCUACAAUCAAAUACAAAUUCCCCUCAACCUCACCUUCAAUGAUUCAUCCCUCCCCGUGAAGACAUCUCUUCCUCUUCUUCUUCUUCUUCUUCUUCCUUGCAGGUUCUGACUCAGCCAGAAGAUGCUUGGCAAAAAGAUGGAUUCGGUUAAGAAGCUAGCCAAGAAAGUGAAGGUGAUUGGUAGCAGUCGACCAUCUUCGCAUUAUGAGAGCUUGGCCAGUGAGAUCGAUGAGUCUUCCACGGCAAAAACUCCGAUUGGGUUCUUAGCUCUUUACGUCGGAGAGGAACGACAGAGGUUUUUGGUGCCAACCAACUUCCUCUCUCACCCUCUCUUCAAGAUCUUGAUGGAGAAGACCUACAAUGAAUUUGGGUUUGCACAGAGAAAUGGGUUGGUGGUUCCUUGCAGUGUCUCUACUUUCCAAGAGGUAAUAGAUGCUAUUGAAUGCUGCCAUGGACAGUUUGAUCUUGGGAAGUUGGUUGAAGAGUUCAUUUAGCUUCUAGUGUGGGAGAGAUUAAGAAGCAAUUUUGGCCAGAGAUGUAAGUAAAAUCAGAUGAGAUUGUAAUCUGUAGCUAUUAGUUUUUUUUUCAUUCCAAGCAAUGGGAUUUGAAUUAGCUAGAACAUGUACCAAAAGCUUAAUUUUCACUUCUAAUUACAUAAAAAGAGUCUAGACACUUCAACCA